AUGGAAGCCAACACCGAGCUAUCUCUUCUCUGCGAAUCUCUCAAGAAAUGCCUAGAAAAAGCUGAUCUUGGAGAAACCCUAGUUCGUGAAACUUUGUCCGGCUUCAAGGAGGAAAGAGGAGAGAAAGGGAUUCUCAGUAAAACUCUCCAGAAUAUCAGGAGUUUCAAAGAUUUCUCCAGCGACGACCCAUUCGCAGGAGAAUUCACCAAACUCUUCAAGAGCUGCCACGGCGAUCUCGUCAAGGUGAUCGGAAAACUGACCCAGACGACGAAGAAGCUCAACAGGAAACUCCGGAGAAUAAGCCUGCGCCGGAGAGUUUCGAUCACGCUGUUAAUCGCGGCCGUCGCCACCGUGGUCAUCUCCGCAGUCGUGAUCGGUGUAACGGUGGCUCCGCCGGUGUUUGCGGCGUUGGGUGCGGUCGUGUCGUUCGUGCCGAUGGGUCCUCUGGGUCUCUUCAUCUCCUCCGUGUGGAAGAAAUCGAGGGACGCUCUGAAACGCCAAAAGGCAGCGAUUGAUUCGAUAGAAAGAGGGACAUUUCUUGCUUUGAGUGAAGUGGCGAAAAUCAAGGUGUUGGUGAAUCAAUUUGAGGAAGUGAUGAAGUCGAUGGAGGAAUCGCUGUUGAAAUUGGAAGUGGGAGAGGUGGAGAAGGAGAUCCUCACGUACAGAAACGUCAUCAGCGUUCUGCGACACGAAGGCCAGCGGUGCAAUCAGGACGCGCGUUUGAGCCGAGACGUUGCUCGAGACAGGAUUACCAAAUGUCUCUGUGACGAAUGA